AGUCAUCACCCGUUAGAUCAGGAUUCUUAUGACUCGUGGUCUCCGCAACAGCGGAAGCAGCAGGACCCAUCAUCGCUCCCCUCCCUUCGUCUUUUCCAUGACCUGCCGUCGCAACCGUCCUGCGAGUCCCACUCAUCGCUGGCCAACGCUCAGUUAGACAGUCCACGUACAUACUCGGACUGCUUGCUCCCUACCACCGUUGCUGCCCUUACUUUAACAACCCACACACCGCACCAAACUUACAAGAUUUCCCUCCCUCUUCCAUUUCAUAAUCCCCAACCAUUUCGCGUGUUACUACCCGCAAGUCGCGGUGGAGAUUCUGGAGAGUUCACAAGAUGGCCCUUUGGCCCUUCAGGAAACGUCGAAAGACGAAGGUGGCCGAGGGCAAGAAGGUAGCCGCACCGGACCCGCCCUUGGUCGAGCGAAAGAUGUUCCUGGCACGGAAAAAUUCUAGCCGUCAGAAACCCCGUCGCGCGGGUAGUAGGGUCAGUGUGCCCGAAUUCCCUCAGCCUCCGAAUAACUCAUCAUCAUCACCUAUACCUAUACAGAACUCGUUCAAUCCUCAGAAACAACCCCAUGAAGGAGGAUUCUCAUCAUAUUUUAUCGAACAAAACAACUCAAUGUCAGCAUCUUCGGCAUCUUCCCACAGACCCCACAAACCUACGAGCAUUGUUCGCAAACUUAGCAAGCGAAAUCGCGAUCGUUCGCAGCAACCGCAACCACCCCCAUCCGCUUACAUCACGCAAUUGGCGAGGACUGCUUCAAAGCGCGACAAGAAGCGUAUCCGGAAUUUCGAUGAGUUAGAGGACGACCGACCAAUGUCUAGGUCUUCUCUUCCUGCUCGUGAUUCGAUCAAUUCUUCCUUAUCAUCACAAUCCUCGAUGCGUGCCUACAAGGUCCGCAACAUAUUCACCCCUAGGCCGAAGCUGCAUUACGAGAAUUCUACUGGAACGUCGCCCACAAAAUCCGCACGCCUUCACCCAUUGACUCCUAGUCGCUCUAACUCGCGAUCUCUCCGUGACGGGCGACACACACGAGCAGGUAUCACGGAUGAAGAGCUUCUCAGAGGUGGAAAGGUGGACGGACUGGCGGAUGAGCUGGAUGUGCAUGGGAUAAAGGAAGCUCUGGAUCGUGACAGAAGGAGGAGAGAGAGAAAGAAGAAGGAAGAACACGAGAAGUUGCAGAGAAAGUUGGAGAGAAGAGCCGCGAAGCAGAGAGAGCAGGAGCGGAUGGAUCGGGAAAUGGGAUUCGAGAUGGACGAUGACCAUUUCCAGAGAAAUUUGUAUAGCGGCGGCCCCAACUACGGAGCCCCAGAAUACCAGACGGGUGAGAGCUCCAGAUCUGCUGGCCGUGCUGGAUUCAUGAUCACACCCGAACCUUACCCAUUUCCCGAUCCGGAUGACCGACCGCGAGAUGGCCAGUCACCUUUCUCAUGGCUCCAUAAUCCUUCACAAGAAAAAAUUAACAGGGCUGCCCACUCUACCCAAAGGGUCGACAUGGUCACACCGGUGUCUAUGGAUUCGAACCAGGAUAUGACCGGUGAGCCAGAAUACCGUGGACCCGAACAGACCGAUUCCUAUAAAUCAACAGGCCCGCUGGCGCAGCCCCACGAAUCUUCACAUACCGGGGGGAUACGCAAUGUAGAUGAUUACCCAUCAACUUUCCAGGGUGCGUUUGCGGUUAAUGAUGAUGAUAUGGAUCGGGAUGGGCUGGAUGCUGGUAUCGAUACAGGACGUGGUAAGGUAUCGGGAUGGACUUCAUUUCUCAAGAAAACCCCCGCUGCCAGAAUGCGGAAAAAGCAGGGCAGCCGAGGUAUUCGGUCCGGGGAGUCUACUCUAAUAUCUGAUUCUGAGGGCGAGGACACACGUGGAAGAGACCUGGUUCAGGGUAGCGAGUUUUACGAGGUGGAUAACUUCAGGCAAAAUCGGGGGCAAACACCUGGUACGCACAUCCCGGAUGAGGUUGCGUUUGCAAUGACUGCUUUGGAGACCGGGCAUGUUAGAGGCAAAGACAGUAUGGAGGCGGAAAAGCGUGGUUCAUUUACGCCCGGACGACCUCUGCUGCCUUACUCAUUACAUGGCCGUCCAUCCAGUUCUAAGAGCUCCCUGACCGGUUUGGCACAUCGUACCCCUACAAGCAAUCCCCGAAGCUAUCUCGGUUCCCUUGAUUUUGGAAGUGAUUCACCCACUCUCCCCAUCCAACCAAUCCGAACAUCGUCAACACAUUCACAGAAUCACUAUGGAAGGCCAUCACCAACACAAAGGUACUCUCCUUCGAUGCAUCGUCACUCGCUGGAGGCUGUUGGUCCAGAUGGUAGACCCCGAUCAUUGAUGUCUACGUCGCUUGCAUCAAUUGAUUCGGAGGGAUCUUGGUUAUCCGGCAGAGUAGCAAACCCACGGGGCUCAAUAAAUCACAUCAGCCCUCUGCGGACAAGCGCUACAUCCCUACGCCGAAGAUAUCAGGAAUUUGACGACAAUGGGAGCACAAACGGUGAUGACUACUUCAGCGGAGUCACACCUAGAAGGAAGCGCAAGGAGAGUGGGGGAGAUGAGGAGAUGAACGGUGUCACAAGACUGGACCUUAGUGACGUGGAAGACAGUGAGGAGGAAGGCUCCGUGGGCAGCGAAGCAGAGAAGAAGAUGUGGAGGGACGGACUGGGCAAGAAGGUUGUUGUCCAUGAGGUUAUCACAACUUCUGGAUCACCACCGGUCGAUCCCAAAGCCGCCGUACUUAACACCACCCAAGCAUCUACAACUGCUACUGCUCCCAUUACGGCACCAAGUAAGGAUGACCAACAAUCGACCACGACAAGGCAAUCCUGGGGCCCCGCAAGCGAGGCCGAGGUAUUUGCUACGCCGAUGGAACAUUCUCGUGCACCAACCUAUGAUAAUUUGGAGUUUAAAACACCAAUGGAGCACCCGGCCGCUAGACAGAGUAGUUAUGCCGAGUUUGUGGGGAGAUAGUUUGUCGGUAGCGUGAGCCUGAAGGGAUGGAUGGAUGGAUGGAGGAAAAAGCAUACCCCCAACACACAGCGACGACCCCCCAUAAAAACAAAGUUUCUUCUGUCGAAAUGUCAUGCUAUAAUCACGUUCCUUUACUAUUCUUUCUUUUGUCCAAGACAAUACCCACUGCCUACGCACCCCCCUUUCAUUUCUGUUUUAUUUCUACGUUCUUAUUUCUUUUAUUACCAUGCCAUGGCACCUGUCUUUCCUUGAUACCUCGUUACAUCUGGCAGAGAGAACCAGAGCAAAAAAAAAAAAGGUCGUGUCGCUUCAUGUUGGGCAGCAGGUAAGUACCUAGCUGGCCGUAUCCUUGCCAUCCUCACCCCAUCUAUCCUCAUCCCCUCCAUCAUGAUUAUACCCAUUCUACCCACCACUACAUCAUACUUCAUAAAAUCACCACCAGAGUGUCAAAUUUCCUAUUCAUUUCUCCUCAUUCUAAAAUACUUAUUUAUAUUCAUAAUCCCUUUCUUCCUUAUUCUACGAAUGAUAAACGAAUUUCCUACUUACCUUUCACCCAUCAUCGUCAUCAUCGUUAUAAAAUGUUUUCUUGCUUUUUCCCUCUUCUCUCAUGCUUGCUGUCUCGUUUCCAGAUUGCAUAUUGGUGAAAUUUUGUAUUAUCAUAGUAUUUAUUGUCGGGCUGUUGGUAUUGGAUCGGUCUGGGUCAGGUUGUUAUGGGAUUGGUAUGUUUGUUUAUAUAUAUUGGAUGUUUUCAUCACUUUUAUCUUAUUUUAUGCUAUGUUAUGUUCAGAAUGUUAUUAUACAGGGUGUUUUCUGAUUCUUUUCUCUUUAAUUUUAUAUUAUAUUUAUCUAUU